AUGGCCCCUGAGAUUGCACCACGUGUGCGUGAGUGCAUGCAGAAAAGUAUCGAGAUGACAAAGGAGCUCUGCGGCCAGGUUGUAUCGUGUGUCAGGGAAAUUGAGCAGAGUCUUACACCGCAUGACUUGGAGAAUGUUUCUCCAUUGGUCUUGCAGUGCAUUUAUACCUGUGCGUCUAACAUGUUAUGGAUGGCAGUGGAAACGGGCAAUCCUCGUUAUAACGAGAGCAAGUCUAUUUGCGAAGAUAUGUUACACGCUGCUAGUAGUAGGUGGGAAGUUGCAGAUGUUUAUUUGGAGAUGCAGCGGCUAGCAGAGCUGACAUUGAAAUCUAAUUGA